AUGUAAGUUUCUCCUUUGAUAAGAGUGUAGACUUCUGCCUUCACUAAUAGUUCUGCGUUGAGAAUUAAAAAGGAAUAGAUACAACCAUAAAACUAAAUGGAUUAAAUUAGUCCUCUAAAAUCUACAGAAGAAAAUGAAUAGUCUCCAUCUAAGAUAAUUAACAUUUAUGCUGAUAGUGCCAUCUAUAAUAAUCACUCUACAUUCUCUGAUGUUAAAAACUAAUAAAGUAUUGAAGAAGAUAAGAUUAUUAAGAGCUAAACUUAUAAUUAAAUGUCUCCUGAUAAUGCUGAACGUAAUUAUUGUGAAAGACAAAAAAUUAUAAAGAAUUAAAUAAAAAGAACUAAUGAUAAUGUUAAAAAUAAAUAAAAAGAAUUUUAUGAAUCAAAAAAUACUAUUAUUAGAAGUGGGAUAUAAAAAUAAUAUAUUGAUUCUUCUACUACAUAAUCUCAAUUAAUUGAUAUAUCAAGAAGUUCAUAAAAUUUUAGAAGGAAAUCAAUUGAUCAAUUACCUAAAACAUAAAUUAAAUAAAUAAAAAACAAAAAGAGUCAAUUAACUUAAUCAUUUCAUUUAUAAUUUUAAAAUAAGAAAUAACAAUUAUUAAGUGAUAUUGCAAUAUUAGAUAAAGAAAUUUUCAUAGAAUAAUAAUAUAUUUAAUCAGCAUCAACAAAAGCCUAAUAAAAUUAAAAGUUGUAAGGAACUAAAUCAACAUAUAAUAAAAGAUAAUCAACAAAAAAAAAUUUAUAGUCUAAUAAAAUUAUUUAAGAUAAAAAGUCAAAAAAAACAAUUAAUACAUUAAAAAAUCUUAAUAUUUCAUAAAAUUCAUAGAUAUCAAAUAAAACAUCUAAAUGUCCAAUUAGAUCAAAAUCUUAAGAAACUAAAGAAGUAAUUGAUACUUUAAGACAAUCAAGAGAAGAUUUAAAUUGUAUCAAAUUCAUUAUUAUUAAUCAUAGAGAGAUUAUAAAGAAUAAAUGACAAAUAUAAUUUGAUAUUGGAUUAAUCGAACAAAUUUAGAACCAACUUUUAACAAAUCUGA